UCACUGAUAGCAGUAACAGGCGUGAGUUUUUUUGUCAAAAAUGUCCGUGAGAGGUAUCACUGUAUCUCUCUAUAAAGAGGUGACCCAAGCUCAAGCUGACAGAGGUCUCACUAGGGUUACCAGCUACCUCAAUCAGGAUUACAGAAAGCUGAAGGCAGCAUGUCUGUCCAAAAGGACACUCUUUGAGGAUCCCUACUUUGACGCUGGUCCGAAAUCCCUUGGAUACAGUCAGCUGGGACCUGGGUCUUCAACAACCAGAGACAUAGUAUGGCUACGGCCCAAGGAUAUCUGCAUGGGUGUAAUGCCUGAAUUCAUCAACUGGUCUUCAAGUCGCAUGGAUAUAUGUCAGGGAGAGCUUGGUAAUUGCUGGUUUCUAGCCGCUGGAGCCUCGUUAACCUUGUACCCCAAACUCCUCGCGAGGGUCGUCCCACAGCAUCAAAACUUCCACACAGAUUACGCCGGCAUCUUUCACUUCCAGUUCUGGCAGUACGGGGAGUGGGUAGAUGUGGUGGUGGACGACAGAUUACCCAUCAGAGAUUACAGAUUGGUGUUCGUGCGAUCCACAACCAACCAAGAAUUCUGGCCAUCCCUCUUGGAGAAAGCCUACGCCAAGCUAAAUGGUUCGUACGAGGCCCUGAAUGGUGGAUUGAUGGGUGAAGCAUUUGUGGAUUUCACUGGAGGGAUCAGCGAGCACAUUGACCUCAAGAGUAGUCCUUACAACCUUCUUGAACUGAUCAAGAAGGCAGCAAGAAAUCACUUCCUCAUGGGCACUUUCAUCGAGAAUAGAAAAGUGGGUGAUUCUGAAUUAGUCAGGCCUGACGGCCUUGUAAUCGGUCAUGCGUAUUCUGUGACAGGAGUUCAGGAGAUCAUGAGUUAUCGUAGGUCGAUCAAGCUGCUGCGUCUGAGAAAUCCGUGGGGGCAAAUGGAGUGGCGAGGACGCUGGUCUGAGAGGAGCAAGGAGUGGGAUAUGUUGGACCCCGCAGUCAAAGCACAAUUGAACGUUAAUAUGGAAGAUGGAGAAUUCUGGAUGGACUUUGUGGAUUUCCUGGAACAUUUUGACGUACUAGAGAUCUGCAGCCUGACCCCCGAUUCCCUGGAUGAUGGCAACCCAGGAAAAUGGACCAUGAGCUGUCACCAGGGUAGUUGGAAACCUGGAUUCAGUGCUGGAGGCAACACAAGCUAUCGAGAUACAUUCUUCAGUAACCCACAGGCAACUGUAGCCCUGAGCGAGGAAGAUGAUGAUCCCGAUGAUGAAGAGGUCGGAUGUAGUUUGCUUAUUUCGCUGAUGCAGAAACACAGACGGCAACAACGGGAAUUUGGACAAAACAAUGUCGCAAUCGGUCUCACGGUGUUCAAGAAAUUAGAUUCGUUUCCCAUGAGACAACACGUGUCCAGUCAGAAGACCUGCGUAGCAAGGUCCGUAUUCACAUUUUCCAGGAGUGUGGUCAUACGUAUGAAGCUGCCCCCUGGAGAGUACAUCAUCAUCCCGUCGACUCACUCCCCCAACCAAGAGGCAGAGUUCACCCUCCGAAUAUUUACUGAGAAGCAAGAGUCUCUCUGGGAGCUUGAUGGUCAGAUAAAAGCAGACAAUAUUUGGACAUUUAAGACAAAUAUCACCAUCAACGACAAGUUCAAAAGUCAUUUUAUGGCGACGGCUGGUCAGGCCAUAAGCGUGAGGAUGGUGCAGGAAACACUGAAUGGUCUUCUGCAAUCUCAACCAGAGUUGAAAACGAAUGGCUUUUCUCUGGAGGCCUGCGGCAAAAUGGUUCAGCUGCUGGAUUUCAACAAGAAUCACAAACUCGAGGUGGACGAAUUUGCUCAGCUCUGGGAGAGGAUCACACAGUGGUGGAAGAUCUUCACCAAGUAUGACAUGGAUCAUUCAGGAACUCUGGAUGGGUUUGAGAUGAGAUACGCUCUGGCAAGCGCAGGUUUCCACCUGAACACUCAGCUCAGUGAAGUCAUCAACAGGAAAUACAUGGACGCAAAUUACAUGAUAGAUUUUGAUUCAUUCGUCUCCUGCCUGGUGCAGUUGGUGGGCAUUUUCAGAAAAUUGAAAAGCCUAGACAAGAAUGACACUGGAACCUUAAACAUGUCGUAUGAUGAGUGGCUGAAGGUUGCCAUCAUCACCUAAUGAGGAAACGGGUUAUAAACCAACAGUCAGGAACAGAGUCACCGGCCCCAUUUGCUCAACACCAUGAAACUCGCACAUCAACCUUGCGCUCCCAAUAACCACAAUUUUGCUGCCAAUCUUCACUAUAAAUCUUUGCAAAUUAAUUCAUUCUAUAGCUUAGCAAUAUGUGUAAUUGAUCAUGUGUAUAUUCACGCCUGCGGUAAUUUAUAUCUUUGUAUUUGAUACAGCACCUUUUGUAUUGGGCGCAAAACAGUUCACAGGAAUCUAAGUGUAAUGACUGUUUUGUAGUAGUUUUAACGUCCACCCGAAAAGGCAUGGAUGGGGAUCUGGGUUUAACAUCUCACGGGCAGUCCAGCACCUCCCUCUCUAAACCUACACUGGAGAGUCAACCACCAUUGUGAGUUCAGAGUCCCCAUCGAGGGCUUGAACCCAUCAACUCUGAAUUCAGAGGCAAGAGAAACUGCUACCGACUAUAACCUCCAAGCAGGAAAAUACUUCUAAAGAUCAAAUAAUUCGGAUGGAGAAAGCCCUGACACUCUCACCCCUGGAAAAGCCCGAGGCGAAUUCCCUCUCUGCCUUGACAAUGUGGGCAGCAAUUAAAGGGGAAGCUCUCUCACCAAGCAUUCGGAGAACGAAAUGACAAUCAGCACUGCCGCAGAUCAGACAAAAGUUUAAAAACCAUCCGCUUGAGAAAAAAUAUUUUCCCCACAGCUUUCUCACCAAUUUCUUUUUGUAUUCCCAAUCCCGGCCAUCAGGAGGCAGCAGAGGGCAGCGUUACGGGAUUCUCCAGCAAGUGAACGAAGCUGAACCUGGUCACUCCUGUCGCAGCCGCUCUCCUUAUGUUCAACUAUGACCCAAUAAACAGAAUUUACAGAUUGAAAAAAAA